AUGUCCAGCAGGCAUAUCCCAGCAGAUAAGAUAAAUCUGCGCCUGAUUCUCGUCAGCGGCAAAACAAAAGAGUUUUUGUUUAGCCCGAGCGACUCUGCUGGGGACAUCGCCCAACAUGUUUUUGACAAUUGGCCAGACGAUUGGUGCCAAGAAGCUGUAUCAAAGGCUGAAAUACUCAGACUAAUUUAUCAAGGACGCUUUCUCCAUAGUAACGUAACGUUAGGUGCUUUAGGAUUACCAUUCGGAAAGACUACAGUGAUGCAUUUGGUCCCCAGGGAAACGCUGCCCGAGCCUAACUCGCAAGAUCAACGACAAAAAAGCAAAGGUGGUAACAGCAGUUGCUGUUCAACAUCCUGUUGCAUUUUGUAA